UAUAGUUGUAAUAUAUAGAAUAAAUAUAUAUCACAAACGGAGGAACAGAGGGCAGUGACAGAUACAGAUACAGUUAUAUCUGCAUCCUGCUCCACAUCCAUUCACUGUACAUAUAACAACAGUUGUAAAAAACACGUUAUCAACAGUAGCAGCAGCAGUCGUCGUCUAAUAGAGUCAGUCAGUCAGUGCUACCCCACAUUCGUAUCCUUUUGAAGAAGGAACGGUUUUGCCACAGAGAAGACACCGAUUUGGCCAGCGCGCACCCCCAACGACAAACAACAGCCUCAAGAUUCUUCCAUUUGGGGCCAACUUCCGUCUGGAGACGACACCCGCUGAGAUGCACAAAAUAGCGGCACAGCCGCCAACCUCAGCGCCAGCCGGCGGACUGGAUGCCCCACUGGCGGCGCCCAAAUAUGGCACAUUGAUACCAAAUCGUAUAUUUGUGGGAGGAAUAAGUGGCGAUACCACCGAAGCAGAUUUGACGCGCGUCUUCAGCGCCUACGGUACGGUGAAGAGCACCAAAAUCAUUGUGGAUCGUGCUGGUGUGAGCAAGGGAUAUGGCUUUGUCACAUUCGAGACGGAGCAGGAAGCGCAAAGACUGCAAUCGGAUGGUGAGUGCGUGGUUCUACGUGAUCGCAAAUUGAACAUUGCACCGGCCAUCAAGAAACAGGUAUUCCUCUUCGAACAGCCCAAUCCUCUGCAGUCGAUUGUGGCCGCAAAUGGAGCUGUUUACUACACAACCACGCCGCCGGCACCGAUUAGCAAUAUACCGAUGGAUCAGUUUGCAGCCGCUGUAUAUCCGCCAGUUACUGACUUUACAGCCGCUGGAGUUCCAGCCAUCUACCCACCUUCAGCCAUGCAAUAUCAGCCAUUCUAUCAGUACUACAGUGUGCCAAUGCAGAAUGUACCCACCAUUUGGCCGCAGAACUAUCAAGGUUAAACCCUAAAAAGAAACAUAAAAGUAAAGCAAUUUUCGUAGUCGCCAAUUUUUCGUUGAGAGCUGCCCUGCAAAAAAAAAAAACAACAAAAACAACCAUACGAACAACAACUGCACGUGAAACUGCAACUACAACAACCAACAACAAUCUGACUUCUGAAGAUUCAACAAUAACAAGAACAACAAGAACAACAACAACAACAACAACAACAAGAACAACAAUUUCUACAACAGAACUCCUGCCCCUCUGCCACUCUGAUCGAACUGCAGCAGCCUAAGCAGUAGUCUAAGCAGCAGCCUAAGCAGCAACAUCAGCAGCCGCACUUCUAGUUUCUAGUUUCUAAUUUUUAGUUUUUAGUUUAUGAUUUAAUAUUAUUUGUAAACUUAUGUUUUAAGCUCUUGGUUCUUUAGUUUAUUCGGCUAUUACUCUACCGUACAGUGUAAUGUAAAUUAGUUGAAUGCCAUGUCGAACCCUCACACACAAUAUGUAUAUGAAAAAAAAAAACAAAAAAUAAUAGAAAAAAGUGCAGAGUGUGGUGUAUUACAACAGACUUCCUAUAAAACAUAUACAUAAUUGUUUUUUUGUUGUUUUUUUUUUUUAAUUUUAUCAUAUACAUCUAUCAAUUUUUUUCGGUUUUUGCUCGCUGUACUAUAUAUACCAUAAAAUAUAUAGCGAAGAAUGUUCUCUGUAAAUAGUUGUAGUCGCGCACUAAUAGAAAUGCAUACAUAUAGUAUACUAUCUUUUACAACUGAUAUAUGUAAACUAUGCUCGUAUAUAUCUUCCGAAAACGAAACGACUAUGAAGCCAAUUUCUUGAUUAUUUUGUAGGAAUUUAUCCAUGUUAACUUUUGAGAGGAUGCAGACAGCCAGAAAGAGAGAAAGCAACAAUAGGUGAUGCUACUACUACUAAAAACUACAACAACAAAUCAACAAGAACAACAGCAACAAUAGUA